UUCGUUAAUUAUUAUUUUUUUAUUUGCAUUGAAAAAAUAAAAAACCGAAUAGUUAGAGAUGCAGUAUCCCCUGCUCCAUCGCAGCACCCAGAUAACGAUGUUGCGGAGGCAAAUCAAGCGGAAGAGCAAGGAGGUGAGACGGCAGAAGCGCCGGGCCAGACGGCGCCUGGAGCUGAUGCGCCGCAUCCGGGAGCAGCUCCUGCGUCGCGUCCAGAGCUCGAUCGAGUCUCGAGAGAUGGAAGCGGAGGAGGAGCGCCGGGAGCGGGCGCGCCAAUCGCUAGGCGCCUUGCUAAGGAUGUACAGGCGGUGGCUACAAAGCUGGUCGAGGACCUUGAGGCAGCAGCGCCGCCAGAUUAGCCAGCAGGAGCAACUGGAGCUGCAGCUGCAACAGCGACUCUACAUGCUGCGGAAGCAGCUCAAGAAACGGAGAAGGCCUCAGCACAUGGUUGAUCAGUGCAUCAAACGACUGGCCAGGGCGGUGAGAAAAUGGCAGAAGAGUUCCGAAAUGCAUCCCCUUCUGAAGGGUCAAGACAACAUCUGGGAGAUGGAGGCGGUGGAGGUCCGAGAGUAUCUGACCCAUCUGCACGGGAAGCCACUGAAAUUGGGAAAAGCGAAGCUUCGGAGAUCCGUCGGGGAUAUCGAGGAUUUUGAAAUACCAGACUUCAAGGUAACCUACAAUGCUAGGAGGAAGACGCGACGGCGUCGCAAGUUUCCAGCUGAUGAAAAGAUUCAAGACUUUUCAAAGUUCUGGGAUGCCGAAGUCCUUCAAAAGAAACCCAAGUCAUACCCAAGCCACGGGACUCUAUCGCAUAAAAGCGAUACAGAUUGCUCAUUUAAUCCCGAUCAUUUAAGACAUAAAAAGAGCUUAGCACAUAGAAAGCUUUACUCUCUUCCGCCAAUGGUUACAUUUAAAUCGUCUCUAAAUGUUUUCCAAAGCAAACAAAGUUUACGAAAAUCCUAUCCAAGAUUCAAAGAAAAAAAAAGUCACCCCUCAAAGAAGCCAUCGCUAGACGCGCUGCAGCGACUAUUAAACCAACUGCAGUCGAUAAACGCCGAGAACCCGGCAAGAGGUUCUGGCAAAAGUCGGAGGGGUCGACAUCAUAAGAGAAAGAUCAACAGGGCAACUAGUGCCGACACCCUUGUCGGGGCGAAGGCCACAAUACUGCAGAAGAAGGUGAUCAGGCUGAGGAAAAGACGAAGGCCCCAAAAGAUAUCCAGUAUGGAGGCCAGGCUGGAGGAGUUUCGUGAAAGAUUCCAUGCGGACCAUAGAAAGCCAAAGCAUUCUAGUAGUGCUACCUCCGGUGUCGGCCAUGGUUGGAAGAAGAAAAGGAAAAUUAGCUAUGGUCCGCCACAUGAAACAAUUGUUCAAAGCGGCGAUUUCGACUCUGACAUAACAGAUUUGGAGAGGGAUUACCACCAUAAACAAAGAAAAACGAAAGGAUCUAUUGAAAGCGAGGAGAAACCCAGCUCUUCGCCAACCGUAUCCGAUACGGGAACUGAAUACAUGGCCAGAAGAUUGAGAAAAUUGAAACGACGACAAUAUGUCGAAACUAGUCCGUCUGUUUUGAGCCGAGAUACCCAACUAUCUGUCGCAUCGUUCAGUGAAUCGGUCAAGGAAAUCAUUUUGUCCGAUGAUCCCCGGGGCAGUCUUCGUAGAUCUUUUCGCGAUCGUAAGCCCCGGGGGUCCUUAAAGCGCCGACCUGUGAAGGGCCGUUUGUCCCUAUCCAUUGGUAGAAAAGGGCAAGCCAUCAUUGCCAAGCCAUCCACCAAUAUUCCCAUACACUUGCGUGGUUCAGAUGAUGAUGCUGGAAGCAGUGAAAGCUACAGGAUUGGUCAACAAAUUGGAAACAGAAUUGGCGAUGGAAUCCGGGGGCAGAUCGGCUACAAGCCGAGAGCGAGGGCACCCGUGGACCCUAGCAGGGUUCCGGUGAUUGAUAUGGUCACACAUAUGGCCAAAAGUCAAGCUAAACAGGUUACCAAAGUGACGUCCAAAGAGGCGCUUAGGGAGUCACUAAAAAAUUCUGAGUUUCCUCAAGAAUUUAUGGAUUUGGAUAAAUGGGAGAGAGACAACACCCGGGAAACCUUGGAUUCAAUUCCCCCACUGGAGCUGGAAUUAGCCGAGCAGAGCAGAUUCCGUGUGGAGGACAUGAGCACAGAUUAUAAGUUCCGGCGACUGCAGAAGUUCCUCAAGGAUAUAAUCGAGAAUAACACCAUCAUGGACUAUGUGGCGGACACCAAUGAACUCAUGAAAGUGGUGGGCAAGCACGAGAUGUGGAAAGACCUGCAAGAUCUUUACAACGAUUUGGCUGCCCGGGGUGUCAGCCAGGAGGACAGCAAAAAGAUUUUGGGCAACAAGUACAUGGAGUACCUAAAGAGCAUCCUCAAUGAAUUAAAUUUGGCAAAAAAGGCCCUGCCCCGCCUAAUACCGCCACGCGAUUCGGAAAACAAAGUGAUCGCCAUCCCGAAAAAGGACCAUUCGCAUCUGAAGGUCGACCAUCUCUUGACAAAGCGUACCCUAAAGAAAAGUAAAUCAGUGGCUCAACACGAGCCUCAGCCGGAUGAAAGCGAUAGCCAUUCCCAGGGAUUGGGGACACCUCACCGUCGACACCAGGUGAUGGAUGACUUGAUGUUCAAGAAAAUAAUUGAACAGGAACUAUUAGCCGCGCGUCUCGUCAGGGAGGAGCGUCGCCGAAGAUUGCUAGCCUAUCCUAGUUUCUCCCGCCGAUUCAGUUCCCAUUCGACAUACAGCAACAGAUCCAACUGGGAUGUGGCCCCCAGUGAGGAGGAAAAUAUCCGGGAGGCCGAGACGCGAUAUUCGGCCAAGAAUCUUCAGACCAUACUGAACGAUCAUACGCUUAUGUUUAAGAUCAAUGAGCAAAAUCAAGAGAUCGAUAAGGAUGAUAAACUGACUACCAGGCAUCCCAAGAAAAUACAGAGGCACAAAGGCUCUCCUGUGGAGAAGCCCUUGAAGAUCAAGCAGACUAGGAAGAAGCCUCAGACCACAUAUGCUGUUAGGGAUACCACGAAGAGACAGCGGCGUCAGCUUCGGCCCACUGAGGAGUUGUUCUACUCGCCCAGGAAGACUUGUCGUCAGCAGAAGAUUAGUGACUUCGGGGAGCCAACGGAAUGUUUAGGUUGCGUGUGUCUAAAAGAACCUUGCAAUUCCAAUUACUAUGAAAAGUGUCCACGUUGCGGUGUUCCAGUGGAGGUCCCGCAACCACCUUCCACGACUCUCUUGGCCUGGGAGAGCAGCCAGGAUAUCUUGUCUCAGGGAUCCAUCGAGGCGUGUGCCAAAAACGAGUGGCUGCUGAACACCACCGAGGACAUCUGCGUACGCUGCGGCUAUGUCCAUCCCAAGACCAAGUACUGCCCCCAGUUGCCGGUCUGUCCGCUGAGGACGAAGCCGCUGCAGCAGAUAAAGCGAGCCCUGGUGGACCAAGUGGAGAUGCCGGAGUGGCCAGCGUUCUCUUCACCCGCCGGGAUCCUCAAGAAGCCCACCCAUCGCUUUCGAGUCGUUGAUCCUUAGGCCGGGAGUAGUAGUUGCAUCAGGACAAGUGGCUUUCAAAGUUUCAGGAGCAUCCUGAACCGGAAAUGUACGGAUAUGAGCCACCAAAUCAGCCGGCUGGGGCGAAUGAAACAUUUGGUUUAAG